AUGAACGAGCAGCCGCAGCAGAGAAUGGCUGCAGUGGGAACACAAGACAAGGAACUCAACGACCUCCUGGAUUUCAGUGCGGUAAGAGAGAGUGGUCUAGGGGUCUGGGGUCAGGUCAAAAGGGCUGCUGGGCUGGGCCGGAUGGGCGGUAGGGCGGAAGCGAGAGAAGCUGAAUUGGGAGGGAUGGGCCUGUUACAUUUCCAAUUUAAUGACAGCAAAACCGUUAAACAGUUCUCCUUGUUCCCGAUUCAUUAACAAGUUAUACUUUUUCCACAUUGCUCCCCCCAUGCUUUUUUUUUUAUCCUUUAACUUCUGCAUGGCAGAAGUAGCUUAAUUUCCCCCCAGAAGUCGUUUGAUUGGAGAGAGAAAUUCUGUUUUACCCCAUCCCACAUCAAAGCAAGGUCACCUGAAUACACCACAGGUCCAAGGUGUUUAUUCAUUGGGUUUUAAACAAGUCUUUGAACAUGAGAAAACAUCAUCAGCACUAAGGUUGAUUUAUGGUUUGGGCUGACCUGAAUGCUGAAGAUUUAUUUAGACAAAAUGCAUUUGAUUCCUAUGUUUGCAGUUAUAUUUAUUUUUUGCUCCGAGUUUGGUUUAUCUUAUUUUGUGCACAACCUUGCAAUAGUUUGAUUGCUGAUAAUAACUUCCAGGACAUUUAAAGGGAUGCUCCAUACUCUUGAGUGGUUCUGGCACUCUCAAAGUAUACACAGAUGAAAAACCUCACAUCAUAUUCAACUCAAUACAUGCUGUGUGGAAUGGGAUAGCCCUGCAUUUAUGUCUCUUGAAUAGCAGGUCUUUAUAAAUGGUCAGAUUAAUAGGAUUUGGGGUAUGAUUUUUUUAUCUACUUGCUGGCAUCGGCCAGUUUUUGAUUCAUUUUUACCAUAUGAUUUCUGUCUUUGGCUUUUCAAAUCAAAUCAAAUUUUAUUGGUCACAUACACAUAUUUAGCAGAUGUCAUUGUGGAUGUAGUGAAAUGCUUGUGUUCCUAGCUCCAACAGUGCAGUAGUAUCUAACAAUUCACAACAAUACACACAUCUAAAAGCAAAAUAAUGGAAUUAAGAAAAAUAUAAAUAUUAGGACGAGCAAUGUCGGAGUGGCAUUGACUAAAAUACAGUAGAAUAGAAUACAGUAUAUACAUAUGAAAUGAGUAAAGCAGAAUGUAAACAUUAAAGUGACUACUGUUCUAUUAUUGAGUUGACAUUCUCGUCAGUGUUUCUCUCUGAAUAAAUUGAAUAGCCUGAGUAAAUUGAUUGUUAUGGAAAAUUAUCUUAUACGGGAGACAUCCAUGGAUUCAAGACCAGGAAUUCUAAUUGAGUAAACGCUUGUCAUCAGACUUGAUGUCCCACAUUAAUGAUAUCCCUCCACUAACCACAGCUUACUAAUGAGAUCUGACCAGGUAUUUGAUUUCCUCUGCAUUAUUGAAGCCUUAUGAUGUGUAACAUUGGGAAAUUCCAUUGGUUUUAUUCCCUCUGUCAGUUAAGGGGCCACUAGUGUGUGGAGCAUCAACUAUCAUGCCCUCAAUCAAGACCUUGGUUUACUAUGCACAUCAUAUGUGUAGCCACCACUCAAAUCAUAAACACGUCCAUGGUCCUAUAAGUAGUAGCUAUGUAUGGAAUCUAAACCCACUAGAGACAAAGGCGUGUGUGUGUGUGUGUGUGUGUGUGUGUGUGUGUGUGUGUGUUGUUCUGUGCCAGGAUUGGCUGAAAAUGCAGCAGUAUGGCUGUUGCUGGCCCAGAUGCCAAAGAGGCAGAAGCACACAGUGGCUCAUGAGAUGGCAUGUUAAACAAGCACCUGUAACCAGGGAUUAGGAUAGAUCACUCCUAACAUCCGUGUCCAGCCCACAUUUCAUAUCACAGAUUAUCUAGUUUUACUGUAUGUUCAAUGAAGGUGUAUUUAUGAAUUUAUUUCCCACCUCUUCUCUCUUCUAGAUGUUUGCACCACCUGUGGCUAAUGGGAAGAACAGACCGACGACACUUGCUAGCAGUCAGUUUGGAGGAUCAGGUAAGAUUCUAUUCUGAAUGCAUAAUACUGUAAAACUGUCAAAUGCUGAGCCUUGAAUAUCCUGCAGGACCAUACUUAAACUGUAUUGAAUCAAGCUUUACUUUUUUGAUAAGGUCAGUAAGUAAUGGAGAAUGGUUGUUAUGUAGCGGCAAAAUUGCAAAAAUCUUUUGGUAGUAAGUUGGAAGUACUAGCGUAGUGGUUAGUAGUGCUUUGGUUCUAUUGUACAUUUACAUUUGACAUUUUAGUCAUUUAGCAGACACUCUUAUCCAGAGCGACUUACAGUUAGUGAAUGCAUACAUGUUUUUUUUAUUUUUUAUAAUUUUUAUACUGGCCCCCCGUGGGAAACGAACCCACAUCCCUGCCAGCCAAACCCUCCCCUACCUUGGACGACGCUGGACCAAUUGUGCGCCGCCCAUGGGUCAUUGUACUAUGCCUUUCUUCACCCAUGCACUUGGUUAUAGAAUUAAAGAUGCUCUAUAUAUUUUGGAUUGACCUCUUACAUCCUCUAUGUGCGGACAGUAUUUCAUCAACUUUUAGUGCUGUUAGUAAGUUGGCCAGAUCUAGUUACUUUGAUCCGAGUUCUUCUCUGGAAACAUGCGAGAGCCUGCUCUGUCCCUCCAUGUGUUCACAUUUCUCCCUUUUGACCCCCUCUUUUUAUCUAACCAAGAUGAUUCAUCUGUGCUAAAGCUUCAGGACACUGUUGGUGCCUUUGAACGCUGUGUUGUUGGAUGACACUUCUUAAGAAAAGCUUUCUGGAAUUCAGCAGAAUGUCUUCAUUUUUGGUUGUUGAAUGAGGCCCAACAUGUUUGUUGGUGGGGUGAUGAACAAAACUAUCUUGGUAACCCUUUUCAUUUACAACAAUAUCUCAAUUUAGCAAAUUAGAUCUAUAUUUUUUACUUUCAAUGCAUCUUUUUCUAGCACCAACAUACAAACUGGCUUGUGUUUUCCCACCUCGGAACACCUGAAACCCUUGUGUGUGCUAGUAGCUUUUGCUGAAUGUUAUUAGUAAGUCAUGUUCCUUCCCUCCUCUGUCACCCUGCCAACCUGCAGUGUGAAAUGGAGUCACACUGCGCGGCCCCCAGAGUGAAAACUCUGCCACAGAGGAACAAAGACGGAAAAGGGCUUACGGACUUGAAACGACUCCCCCACCCCAAAGUGUAAAACACUCCUCCCCCAACUCAGCACAGGACUUUUCCCCCCACUGGUUCACAGGAAAUGGCUUGAGCCUGAGACAUUGCCCCUCACCCCCAGCUCUGGGGCACUUAACUGGCCCAGCAUGGAGCGCUGGCCGGAGUAG